UCCACCUUUGCUCCAUAUAAUAGACAUUUGAUGGUGGUGUUAUAACCUAAACGUCUUGAGUCGUUCAAACCAGCAGAGGUUACCUGGCAAGAGAGAGCAUGACAUCGGGGUUGGGCUUUUCCCUUCUGGCAUUGAUCCUAUCAGGGCCGACUGCGGCCUUUGUCCCCAUUGGGGGUGGUGCGUCCACUCAUGUCAGUAUUACAGGAACGGCCCUGUUGCAAAAAGUGACGGAAACAUGUCGAGCCGUGGCCGAGGCCGCUGGUCAUGAAUUCAAACCCACGGGUUCCUCUCCCGGGGAGCUGGUCCAGGCCUGUCUUGGCCCAACAGCUACAGGUGAGGUGUCAGGAGUGAAGUUUUACUCUGCUCUACAAGAGAUUUACACCCAAAAUGGACUCGUCGAUCGGAAUUUUGCCAACAGUGCGCCACAUCAUUUCAAUUCGGAGGCCUUUUUGGAGGGACGUAGUCUCAUUACCAAGGGUAUGGCCUCCAUUAAGGCUAAUAUUCGUACUGAGAACUUCAAGGCUGCCAGAGAAACAAUGGGUAGAGUCCUUCAUACGCUACAGGACUUCUAUAGCCACAGUAACUGGGUGGAGUUGGGCAACACAGAACCAUACGUCGCUCUGAUACGCCCUGACCUUCCUUUGGAAAACCUGGCAGAUGUUGAUACUGCCACCUGCCGUGACUGUGCCACAGGAACGUGUCCAAACCCAAUCCUUCAAAACAUCCUGAAUCAAAGGAUGCUAACUUCUGGCUACAUGGGCAUCUUUUCUGAUAGCAAGCCUCAAGGCAAAUGUAGCCACGGAGGUGAAGCUGAUCUCUCAAGCGCAACUCUUCCUCGAGGAGGAAUCCACAAGGAUGAGCUUCGCUCUGACAACGCGGGCUUCCACAAUGCUGCUGUAAAUGCAGCCACAGCUGCCAGCCUCCAGCUGUUGGAGGACGUCCGUUUGACUGUGGGCAACAAUGACUUCUUAAGAUUGAUGGGGAUCACCCGUUCUGCUGUGGUGUGUUUUGUCAUCGAUAAUACGGGCAGUAUGUCGGAUGACAUUGAAGAAGCCAGAAAAGUUGUGUACAAAAUCAUUGACAGCAAAAAAGGAACACAAGAUGAGCCAUCAGAGUACAUUUUGGUCACCUUCAAUGACCCACAUUUCGGACCUUUGUUCAGGACAACAGACCCUGAUAAAAUGAAAACAGAAAUUUCAAAGAUAAAAGCGUCAGGAGGUGGUGACUUGCCUGAGAUGUGCUUCUCAGGACUUCAGUUGGCUCUCACUGGUGCUCCGGCCUCCUCCCACAUAUAUGUUUUCACAGACGCUACGCCUAAAGACAUCCACCUGAAAAACACCAUUGUGGCCCUCAUCAAAAGCACCAAGUCUACGGUGUCAUUCUACAUCACCGCGUCAAGUCGGAGACGCCGCCGUUCUGUCAGGGCUGCUUCCUUCAAUGACUACAAGGACCUGGCUCUGGCUUCAGGAGGUCAGGCCAUACAGGUGUCCAAGAGUCAGUUGGCUCAAGCCACCAACAUCAUCCUAGAUACCUCCACUUCAGCUUUGGUGACAGUCUUUCAGAGUGCGAGGGAUCCUGGGAAGCCAGAGACCUUCCCUUUUAUGCUGGAUGAAUCCCUACAAAAUGUCACCAUCUACAUCACAGGACAAACACUCGCUUUUACACUGACCAACCCUGCAGGUGUGAACCAAAGUAAUUUCGAGCUCAUUGGUGCACUGGCACACAUCCAGACAGUCGGCAACCUGAGAAGAAUUCUUCUGAAUUCAGACCAUCAGUCAGGCCCCUGGAAAAUCAGCAUCAACUCUAAACAACCAUACACAAUUAAAGUUACAGGGCAAAGUACUAUUACCUUUGUCUAUGACUUUGUGGAGAGCUUCAAGGGACCUCACCCAGGUUAUGCAGUGCUGAGUGGGCUUCCACAAGCUGAGCAGCCAGCCACCUUGAUGCUCUCUGUAAUGGGUAGAAGAGGUACAUCUUCCAUCAGAGUGGAAAAUGUUGCCCUGGUAGUUUCUGACACAGGAGCUGAAAGUAACGGUACAACAACUGACAUGAGCAAUGGAGACAUCUUGGUGACAGUGGAUGAAGUGCCUGCAGGGGAAUUUGUGGUCAUUCUGAAAGGAACUGACGAGAUGUCAAGCAGUUCAUUCCAGAGGCAAUCCACCACUCAGUUGUCUGUCUCCAAAGUGAACAUCCAGGCCAUGGUGGACACGAGUGUGGAGCCUGGGAAAGACUUCAGCCUCCCUUUCAGCGUUAUGACGCAGGGUCCAGGUGGUAAAUUUAUUAUCAGUGGAAGCAAUGACAGAGAUUUCCCAAUGUCAUAUCCAAAGAGUCUUAGCUUGACAACUGGAACAUACACCAAUGGAACUCUGACCAUUAGCCCGCCUUCCAACACGCCAUCAGGAACUGAUGUCACUUUGACUUUAGAAGCCAAAUCAUCCAAUGGUGUUGAUUCCAAUUAUGCCGUUCUGAGAUUGUCUGUUGUUACAAAGAUUACAGAUUUUGUUCAGCCUGUGUGUGACGUGGUCAGCGUAUGGGCUGAUGACUGCCCCCGAGAUAUGUCUCAGUGUAUGUUUUUCGAGUGGGAGCUGUCUGCCAACCUGACUGAUGGAAAUGGAACGGGGAUAGAGCGCGUUUCCCUCCGCCAAGGGGACGGGACUCUAUCAUACACCUCCCUGAAUGUUUCGAGUGUACACGCGAGCUACAAUGCCUCCUGCUGCUCACAAAUUGUCGAGUUUGUAGCUAUCGACAAAGUUGGCAAUGUUGGCAAGUGUUAUCACUCAAUUGUACGAUCUGCUGGCCAUGCUGCUUUUAGUCUGUCAAAGCCUUUGUGGUUGUGCCUCUUGAUGUCCGCUUGGAUUCUGAAAACCUGAAGCACAUUGCUCUGGUUACUCCAAAGUUGUUCCUCAUCAUCACUGGACAAAAAGACUGUACUGAUUCAUACACAAUUUUAAAUUGAUAAAUACAGCAAGAAUGUUUUUUUUAAAUUUAUUAGUAACUGCAUGGCUGCUGAUGUACCUUUUAAAUACCCAUGUGCAAUAUUAAUCAUAAUAAAAAAAUCUUGCCUCAUGUACAAUUAAUGCUC